AUGCCGCCAGUUCCUGUCGUGGCGUCAUAUGCGGUUCGCACCGAUAUGAAGCCACGACAGGAACCUAAGCCAGCUGUCGUCGUUGUCAACCCUGACACGAACGUGCAGAAGACACUGCCGGAAAAGAUACCACAGACAUCUACACCCACUCCGGAGGCAACGAGGGAACCAGACAGGCAGCUGUCAACCACUACACCUCUGACUGCUUCUUCAGCCGUACACCCUUCGAUUUCCCUAGCGACACCCAAGGCAGUGGAAACGACUUUUACCGAAGCCAGCCAGCAGUCGACCGAGGAUCAAAGAUGGCCACCAUCGCGCCAGCCUCUUCCUUCUUCUGCACCCUUCACGGCAUCGUCAGUGCCUAACGGAAUUUACGCACCGCUUGGAAUCUCAACAGACUACGUGACUCCAAAAUACGAAAGUACCGUGUAA